GAGAUAGAUCUCUUGGCUUCCUGUAGCCGCAUCUCAUAGACCAAAAACCAAUCAUGUCCCACCUCUUCCCCAGAAAAUGUCAAAAUCCUUUCGGCAACACGCCACUGCUUUGCAUUGCAUGAUUCACACUCCGCCACAUCCAUCCAUCCAUCCAUUCAACUGCCGGUACCAGCCCUCCUUUUGACAUGUUUGACAGCACAACUUGGUCCAAAUGCGGAAUUCCGGCGGUAGAAACAGGGAGUACCACCAUGGUUCUUGUUUGAAUGCGGGAGGUCGGAGGGUGUUGGGGGGGUUCUCGAUCAAGCUUAGCGCUGGGUCAAGUCGGGUAUGGUGGCCAGCACCAGUGUUGCAUUCGCUUCUGGGGUCUGGGAUUGACCUGAGCGCUGUCGGCCUGCGGAGGAUUUGGGACAUGACCGCUCUUCAGCAUGUUUUUCGUUGAUGAAGAUGACGAGGCCUGAUGAGUAGGAAGUCUGCCGGAGCUGGCCAUUAAUGACAAGGAAAUAUUUUCAGGCAGACCUUGGAGUCGAAGAUCGCUACUUGCUUAACGGUAAAAUUAUCUUCAAUAUGGAUCUGGAAUUGUUUCAAUCUCCACCAUCCUCGUCCUGUCUACCAAAGCUCAAAAGUGUCACUCAGCGCUCGGGCACGCUUUCCAGCGAACCAAAUGUACGUCAACCCGUUCGGUAGAGCGGAGCAAGAACCAAUGUUUCCUUGUACUCGACAGUUAAGCGCACGUUGCCUUUUAUACCGCCAGUACCCUAUGACUGGGCCAGGACUCCCCGCAUUAUCCACCCAAAAGAAAUCAUGGCCUAACAGGGACUCAAAUCUUACAAGUUCCGAAGUGCCACCCUCUGAAGCAACCUCGUCCGGGAACACACCGGCCGGCAAAGUGGAAGCUUGCAAGGACUAACUAACCUCGCCAUCCCCCUUUCUCUCUACAAUGCCCUAGCUUGCGAGUGCGAAGAGAGAGCGUUGUCACGGUUGGAAGGCAUAAACAAUGACACCCAACAUCAAACACGAGUACGUGCCCUGAUUUCUUUCCAACGAUUAUUCCCUUUGCGGCCAUUACUCAUUUCCAAACGUUCCUAGCUAGACAUUACUUAUUUGAUGUUGCUUGCACCCCCAGACAGGAACCAAGAAACCGUUUUCCGCUUCCCCAGAGUUUUCGAUAGUUCGGGUUGCAACCCUGCAAGGCGAAAAAAGAGUCGACAGAAAAGCUCAGCACUGCCGAUCCUGAUUCUGCUGCUGCCGCCGCCGGUUGAUGAACAGUCACAUCGGGCCCCUUUUUUCGCCCGUUUUCCCUCAAAUUUUGGCUGGUAACGAGUUGCGGGGAAAGGCUGCGCUUUUUCCAGAUAUCAAGAAGCUGGCUGGAGAUAUAUCUUUUCUUGGUGAGCCCCAUCGGGCUAUUCCCACAUUCUUCUUUUUUUCUCCUUUUUCGGGUUGAUGGGCGGGCAUGGUUUCCUACCCCCAUCGACAUCAAGAAUCCACACCGCCAACGUCAAAACAUACCCAAGGUACCUAGGUUGCAAGAGCCGGGACGCAGAAAUGGGACCCGACCCUCUGGCCAGCACUGGCAUCCCUCCCUUCGAGGGACCACCACCACCACCACCGCCAACAGAUUUCAACUUCACAUUCCCAACAAACGGGACAAACUUCACAGUGGGAACCAACGAGACGUUUCUACCUUGGGGGCCAAUACCGACUGAUGCUGGGCGAUCGCUGCAAGCCGAUAUCGUGGCUUGCGCGGUGAUAACAUGGCUCAUCGCGCUUGGGUUCGUGGUGGUGAGGUUUUACACGAGGGGUAGACUCAACAAUGUGCUGGGGGCGUCGGAUUGGUGUAUCAUUCCGGCGUUGGUGUUUGCCGCUGGUGUGAUGGCUAGUUCUCUUGAGCAAAUGGCUCGAGGGGCCGGGAAACACGCUUGGGAGGCGGACUGGAUGCAGAUGUCGGCGCUGGAAAGGGCGGCUUGGUAUGGGAUUCUGUUUUACAAUUUGAGUCUCACCUUCUCAAGGAUUUCGAUACUUUUGCUGUAUCGACGCAUCUUUACCUACAGCUGGGCGAAGCGGGCGAUUCAGAUUGUGCUUGUUCUUGUGGUGCUUAUUGGGAUCUGGCUUGUUGUUUCGGUUUGCACGGCUUGUAUCCCGCUUGAGGCGUUCUGGAAUUGGGGUUUGUUUUUUACGCAGGAGGUGUAUUGCCAGCCGGGGAACAUUUGGUGGGCGAAUGCGGCUUUGCAUAUUGUUAGUGAUUUGGUGAUUAUGGCUUUGCCGAUGCCAGUGCUUUCAGCUUUGAAACUGCCGAGACGCCAAAAGUACGCUCUUGUUGGGGUGUUUGCUUUGGGGUUUUUCGUCUGCAUCGUCUCCAUCAUCCGCCUAGUCUACCUUAUCGACAUUGUCAAAAAAGCCGGCUACGACGCAACCUACACCUCGGCCCAGAUGAUUUACUGGACCUCGGUCGAGGUCUCCGCCGCCAUCUGCUGCGCCUGCCUCAUGACCCUCAAACCUCUCAUCCAACGCCUCUUUCCCCGGCUCCUCUCCCCCAACUCGGGCAGCAAGACCCAAAGAGAAAACAGCAGCCUCCAAUGGAUCGACCCCAUCACCGGCCACCCCAUCCGCCGUGACUCACGCCAGUCCUUCAUCGGCCUCGCUGCUCAACUAGGCCGAAGAGGAAGCAGAAGGCUAAGCGAAACAUCAGACAAAACCUCCUCCAAGCGCAAAGUGAGCCUCCUCCGGCAAGUGGAAGAACACGAAGUCGGACUACCGUUGGUGAACAACAACAACGGGCUGGCAGACUACAAACUUAACAGGCCGGUCAUGCAAGGGGAUUUGGAAUCACAGCAGACGUGCAGUGUUUCUGCUGGUGCGAGAGGGGGGUCAUCGUUGCAUCCGUCGAAUACGACUGAUCACCAUAACGAGGAUGAUGAUGACAUCUCUCCGUUGGAUACCACGAGUGGAGGGAGGUCACCUGGUUCAGGAAGUUUACGAGCACCGCCACGGGCUCACCUGAGGUUGUCGAUACAGGUUACCAGGUCGGUCAAGGUAGAGAAGCACCCGAGGAGUCCACAGCCGGGGGAGACGUUUGGUGGUGUGAAUGUGGGGAGGACACCACCGCCACGGAGAAGAUCGGAUCAUGCUGAUGAUGAUGAGGACGAGGAGGAGGAUAGCGAUGAGGAUGAAUACGACUUGCCUGAGAGCCCUAGGGGGACGAGGAUCAUGAGGAUGAACCAACGGGAGGAUAGGGAUAGGGAUUACAGGGGAGAGAAGGUGGGAUCGGUGGCGAGGAGAGGGGGGGUGUAGUAUGAAAUUUGUUGGGACAGAUAUUAUGGUCUGUCUUGUUGCUGGCUUCGUUUUUUUUCUCUUGUCUUUGUCAAACAUCCCACGGAGUCAAGGUCUGGAUCGGAUGUGUGAGAAAAGAAGGGCCGGAUAGCCUCUCAUGAUGAAUGGUUUGUUUCUUUCACGGGUAACGAAGGGAAUGGGAUGAUACCAAGGUUUUUGUGGGUUUGAGAGAUAUCAAAAUCUAUUCUAUUUCUCCAUCGUCACGAUACAUGUUCAGGCAUUAGUCCUCGAUGUAAACCAACUUUGACCGCAAGCAAAACCAAAAAACUA